CUGACAGCAAUGACAAGACAAUUGCAACCACGGGCCGUGUAGCGGUGGUUGCUGCCCAAGGUCCCACCAACAUGGACCAGCCGGACACUGUGCUCUACCACACCAUGGUGGUUACGAGAGAUGACACGUUCCUGCAGUUCAACAGAAAUGCCCAGCGUCACUGUCCACCCCUUGCACCCGUGUUGCCAGCGCCUGCCGAGGGCCGUGCUGUGUUCGGCGGACGCAACAUCUGGAAGAAUUUCAACGUAACUACGUUCCGCGCCCAGAUUGGGCCAACAGGCGGCAGCCGCGGCUACGAAAAGGUCACCGGCCAAUCUGGAUGGGGCAUUUCGUGGUGGAUCAACGAGGAGCUGAUUCCAGUGCUGCACGUACAGCGCGGCAAGGCGUACACGUUCGUAGUCGAGGGAGGCGUGGAUGCAAGCAACUCUGCACGCUAUCACCCCUUCUACAUCACCGACAGCAGCAAAGGUGGCGGCUCCAAGGAGGAUCCGGCCGUACUCGGAAAGCAGUUUGGCCGCACGCACUACUCGUUCGGCGUCUCUACAUACUUGGCCUUUGGCGGAGGUCUCGUGUAG